GUUCAGCCACCCACUCUGUUUCUUCCUCUGUCCCAAUAACUACUGUCGGAAGUCAAUGUUUGGUUAUAACUCAGACUUCUUCUUCUUUUUCUUCCAAUUAAACAAUUCAUUAGUGCCUCUCCCACCGCUUCUCUUUCUUUUCUUUUCUAUUUUUCGGUCAAAACUUGGAAUUCAAAACUCUGCAAAAGCCUUUGAAAACAUCAGCCCCCAAAACCCACCGAACAUUUUCAGUUUUUUUCUCCAUCCGACCCUUGAAUCGCCUUCUUCUUCAUCGGAGCAAUGUCUUUCAACGUCAACCGGUUCGAUCCUCAGUCCGCGGCGGAGAAAGCGGUUUCGGUCAUCGGAUUUGGGUUCGAUCUCUGUAACGAUUUGCGAUUAUCGUCUUGCAAGCCGGGUCCAUCCGGGUCGAAAUUAAUCGACAUCGAUUUGACACGAACCAAGGACCUCGUACUCCCUGCCGGUGUUGUCGUCCCUAAUGUCUCGAAUUCGAUCAAGUGCGAUAAAGGCGAGCGUACUAGGUUCCGGUCGGAUGUCAUCUCCUUCAACCAGAUGUCGGAGCUGUUUAAUCAGCAAUUGUCUUUGUCGGGGAAAAUUCCGUCGGCGUUUUUCAACAGUAUGUUUGGAUUAAAGGGCUGCUGGCAGAACGAUGCAGGUUCCUCCAAAAGUCUUGGAUUUGAUGGCUGUUUCAUUACUCUGUAUAACAUUGAGUUGGAAAGAUCUCAUAUAACUCUCUCUGAGCAAGUCAAACGGGAGGUGCCUUCUUCAUGGGACCCUGCUGCGCUUGCUAAGUUCAUUGAGAACUAUGGUACUCAUGUGGUUGUGGGUGUAAAAAUGGGAGGAAAAGAUGUCAUUUUUAUGAGGCAAUUACGAGAAUCCAACAUAGAACAAACUGAAGUGCAGAAGAAGUUGAAGCAAUUAGCAGAUGAAAGAUUUUCUGAAGAUGCAAAUGGAGGCUUCAUGUCAAAUUCUGCUGCUGCAAAAAUUAAGGACGAAUAUUCUAUGCCAUGGCAGCUUCGUCAUGCAUUUGCUGCCUCUAUCAAACCGCCAAUUAUCACUCACUCAAAGGGUGAUGAGUUGAUGACAAUUUAUGUUAGGAGGGGAGGCGUUGAUGUUGGUCAAAGUCAUAAUCAAUGGCUCUCGACCGUAUCUCAAUCGCCGAAUGUUAUUUUGAUGUCCUUCGUGCCAAUAACAUCGCUCAUGAAUGGCGUCCGAGGCAAUGGAUUUCUAAGCCAUGCGGUGAACCUGUACCUAAGAUAUAAACCUCCAAUUGAGGAGCUUCAGCAGUUUCUGGAAUUUCAGCUGCCUCGACAAUGGGCACCGGUGUACGCCGAUCUUCCUCUUGCUACUCGGCAUAGGAAACAAGCCUCUCCAUCUCUGAAGUUCACUUUGAUGGGCCCCAAGCUGUAUGUAAAUACUACUAAGGUUGAUUCGAACAGUCGUCCAGUAACGGGAGUUCGGUUGUUUCUGGAAGGAAAGAAAAGUGACCAUCUUGCAAUUCAUCUUCAGCAUCUAUCAACUCUUCCCAAGACUCUCCAACUCUCAGAUGAUCUGAGUUAUGGACCCAUUGACGAGCCAGAGGAGAAGGGCUACUUCCAACCAGUUAAAUGGAGCAUAUUUUCACAUGUCUGCACUGCUCCAGUGCAGUACAAUGGUUCACUAAUUGAUGACGACACUGCUUCUAUCGUCACAAAGGCUUGGUUUGAAGUUAAGGUUAUUGGAAUGAGAAAGGUAUUGUUCCUGAGGCUUGGGUUUUCGACGGUGGCAUCAGCAAUGAUUCGUCGAUCAGAAUGGGAAGGACCUUCAACGUCAUCCCGAAAAUCUGGACUCAUAUCCACCUUUAUCAGCACAAGGUUUAGUACAGGGCUGCAGCAGCCAGAAGCGCAACCAAAAAUUGAAUUGAACUCGGCUGUUUAUCCCGAUGGUCCGCCUUUGACUGUGAGAGCAAUGAAAAUGUUGAACAUCAUCGAUACGAAAGAAAUGGUGCGUGGCCCUGAGAACUCACCUGGAUACUGGGUGGUCACUGGAGCCAAGCUUUGUGUUGAAGGUGCCCGGAUCUCUAUCAAAGUGAAAUACUCAUUGUUAACCAUAUUGUCAGAGGAUUCUAUGAUCUGAUAAAGAGAAAACUAAGCAGUGAGUAGACAACUAUUUUUCUGAUGUAAAUGUGUUUUGUAUAUUAUUCCUAUAUAGUCAGCCACAAAACACCAUUCUUAUUUCAUAGUGAAACAAACAGUAUUUUUAGAAUGUAAAUCUCUGCUGUAUUAAGCAUUUUUUGGAACAAUUUUUUGGGGGUGAGAAUUUCUGGUGCCA